AGUUUGUUUACAUUUCAGUUUUUUUUUGUUCGGUCCAUGCUUGUGUUUGAAACAGAAUGAUUAAUUUGCGUCGUAAAUAGAAUUGUAAAUUGUGUUUAUGAAAAUUUCAUGAAGCUUGUGCAAUUUCUGGAAUUAUAGUGCCGCAUCCCACACUUGCCGUACGCAGUUGUGUGAGGGCGAAGAUGGACUGUGACAGAUUGAACUUAUCGCAGGAAUGAAUACUGCAUGGAAGAAUAAAUCCCGCUGUAAUGUAACAAAUUUCUUGUUCUGUCAUCUUCGGCAUGUCAGAAAAUCCAACGUGGCCCAUGAAAAUCCAAACAACCAUACGAGAUCUGCGCGAUAUCAACAUGUGGGAAAGACAAGUUCACACGAUGAUGAAGUACCUUCCAGCCAGCACAUGUCUGCUUCAUUGGCUGAGAGUUUCCAGACUGCCAUGUCAGUGUGCGAACCUUAUAGCACCACCAUUAACGAGACCUCUGGAAAUCCUUUGAAAGAGAGAAAAAUCUUGCUCAAAAGGCCUGCGGUGCACGUGGCGGCGGAGAAAAAACAGCAGAAAGUGUCCCGUAGCAAGCUGAAGAAAGAGCCCAACGCGACGAAGGAGGAAGGUACCGACUCCCCACGUUUCAACGAGAUAAACAUCCAGAUGUUGUCCUCAGGGUUGUUCAAACAGCUGUUCGGCAACGUGAAGAGCGUCGGAGCUUCGGCAGACGAUGUCACGAGAUCCAGACGGGAACUGGAGAAGUACGGUCUUCUGAGCAACGAGCUGCCGGUCCUGAAAGACGUGGACCUCAAGCUGCCGCCGCUCCAAGGCGGGGACUUGGAGGAGCACUUCCGUGCCAUCGGGCAGGCGCAGGUGUCCCCGUACACGGAACUGCUGAGGCGGCUGGUGGAGAGUGUGCCGGCCCCGCCGGAGGAGUGGAGGCUGCAGGCAGGGUGGACGAGGUACUCCCGAAACGAGUCGCCGGAGCCCGUGCCCUUCCCCCGGGAGAGCGGGAUGGUGCUUGACGUGGAGGUGUGCAGGAGCGCCGGCGAGCUGCCCACGCUGGCGACGGCCGUCACAGCGGACGCGUGGUACGCGUGGGUCUCCCCAGCGGUCAUUGAGGGUGGCGGCAGGUCCCUGGACGCGGAGGGCUACUCCACCAGGGAUCUCAUCCCCCUGGAGAGCGACGGGCAGGGUCGGGCCGUGGACCCGGAGAGACCCCGGGUGGUGGUCGGCCACAACGUCUCGUACGACCGCGCCCACGUGCGGGAGCAGUACCGGCUGCAGCCCACGGCGACGAGGUUCCUGGACACCAUGUCGCUGCACGUGUGCGUGAGCGGGGUCACCAGCUACCAGCGGGCGAUGCUCAAGUCCAAGGAGUACAUCGGCGAUUCUGAGCUCGAGAAGUGGAGGGAGAGUGCUUCCUUGAACAGCUUGAGCGAGGUGCAUAAACUUUACUGCGGCGGAGAGGUUGACAAGAGCAGUAGGGAUGUAUUUCUGACCGGCAAGCUCUCCGACGUGAAACUGCACUUUCAAGACUUGAUGAGGUACUGCGCCGGAGACGUGACGGCAACUCACGGUGUUCUCUGCAAACUGCUCCCCCUCUUUUUGGAGAGGUUUCCUCAUCCGGUGACUCUGGCAGGUAUGCUGGAGCUUGGCACUGCGUUCCUCCCGGUCAACGCCAACUGGUUCCGCUACAUUUCCGACGCCAAUCAGACCUUCGAAGAGCUGGACGAUGAGACGAGAUUCCUCCUCACUCAACGCGCCGAUCGUGCGUGCCACUUACUGCACGACGAGAAGUACAAAGAAGACUUGUGGCUGUGGGACCAAGACUGGCAGAUUCAAGAGCUACGGCUAAAAAAAACUGCUGUUCGCUCCAAGCCACGGAAAACGUCCAAUUCGAAGGAACACGUAGACAGCGAAAAAAAUCAAUUGGAAGUGGAAGAAAAAAAGUUUGUAUCAGGAGAAACACCAACAGAUGUUAUAGAGACUGAAGAGAUGUGCCGGCUAAAAGAAGAAUUCCAGACGUUAUGGGAGACGAAAGAUAUGCUACCUAAGAAGCGGCCGCUCAUGCCGGGUUACCCGGCAUGGUAUCGUAAGCUUUGCUUACGUAUGGGUGAUGAAGACUGGGUACCCGGCCCCCAGCGCAUCAGCACAUCUAUGCAGAUCACCCCGAAGCUGUUGUCUUUGACCUGGGAGACUUACCCCCUCCAUUACAUACGGGAGUUUGGCUGGGGGUUGCUGAUUCCGUACCGCACCAGCAUCGAAGAUUCUGACGACUUAGAUUUUUUCCCACUGAAAAAACUUGUAGAGCGGUGUUCCGUCCCCAACUUGAGCGAUUUUGAAGCUGGUUCUGAUCAGAGCGUCCAGAGCAUGGUACACCUUCACAAAAGUGUCGAAGACAACAUUUCUUGGAGGAACUUCCGCCGGAAGAAGGCGUCGGCCAAUGAGACUCCGAGCUGGUACGGUGGCACCGGGGUCUGGUGCAACGCAGACGUGGCCGGUUGCUGCUGGUUCCUCAAGCUGCCGCACAAGGACGGGACUUCGCACAGGGUGGGCAACCCAUUGGCCAAAGAUUUCCUCAACAAGUUCUCGGAAAAUGUGCUGGCUGGGAAUGAUGCUGGGGCAGAGAAAGUGCUGCUGAUCAGCAGGAUGCUGUCGUACUGGAGGAACAACCGUGAAAGAAUCUGUCAGCAGCGAGUGGUGUGGUCCGAGAGGAAGGAGCUACCCAGAAAUCUGCGCUGCUCAGUCAAAAGCUUUGGGGCCAUUUUGCCUCAGGUGGUGGUGUGUGGAACUCUGACUCGUCGCGCCGUAGAACCGACGUGGAUGACUGCUUCCAACGCCCACAAAGAAAGGAUAGGUUCUGAGCUGCGGGCCAUGGUUCAAGCACCCCCGGGAUAUAACAUCGUGGGUGCAGACGUGGAUUCUCAAGAGUUGUGGAUAGCUUCUCUGAUGGGCGAUGCUCACUUCGGGAAAAUGCACGGUUGCACGCCCUUAGGGUGGAUGACGCUGAGUGGUCAAAAGUCAAACGGCACAGACAUGCACAGCAUCACGGCCAAAGCAGUGGGCAUAUCUCGCGACCAUGCAAAAGUCAUAAACUACGCUAGGAUUUAUGGUGCGGGUCAACAGUUCGCAGAAAGACUUUUAAAGCAGUUCAAUCCGGCGAUGUCUACCACGGAGGCAAGGAAUAAAGCGAGCAAGAUGUUCACCAUGACGAAAGGUCGGAAAGUCUGUCGCCUGAAGGAGCGUUACCGGCACGACCUGAACGACAAGCCGUAUUCAGUGUCGGAAGCGUUGAAGAUCGGCGGGAAACACGGGCUCGCGUUCGACGAGAUGUUCGACGGCCCGCGCUGGGCCGGUGGUUCGGAGUCGGCGAUGUUCAACUGCCUGGAGGCGUUCGCCAACCGAGACGAGCCGGUCACCCCGUUCCUCGGAGGACGGCUGAGCCGGGCCCUGGAGCCGGGGAGCGUGCCCGACGACCGCUACCUGCCGACGCGCGUCAACUGGGUGGUGCAGAGCGGCGCGGUGGACUUCCUGCACCUGAUGCUGGUCAGCAUGCGCUGGCUGCUCGGCCCGUCGGCUCGGUUCUGCCUGAGCUUCCACGACGAGGUGCGGUACCUGGUCCCGUCGGAGCUGCGCUACCAGGCGGCGCUGGCCCUGCACGUGACCAACCUGCUGACGAGGGCGUUCUGCUCCCAGCGGCUGGGCGUGGCGGACCUGCCCCGGUCCGUGGCCUUCUUCUCCUCUGUGGAGGUCGACACGGCACUGCGCAAGGAGGCCCGGGACGACUGCGUCACUCCCUCCAACCCACACGGCCUGCUCCGGGGCCACGGGGUCGGCGAGGGGGAGUCCCUGGACAUCCACGAGGCCCUGGCCAAGGCAGGGGGCAGGUUGAGCGUGCCCCGCAGACACGCCAGGAACAAGACCAAGCAUUUGAAAACACUCUGUGUCAAAUAAGUGUGUGAUUAUCCAGUAGUUCUUCUGUGUAGACUGGUCGGUUCGCACUUUCAACUGUACCGGCUUCCGAAGCAUUGUAAAUUAGUGAUAAACUGAUACGGUAGUGUAAAUUUGAUAAAACAAGGCCUAUUUUUACAUUUAACAUUUUCGCAAUACCAGAGAAUGUUAUGAAAACCUUUUUUUAACAAAAAAAAACUAUUCUGUAAGAAAAAGGAGUUUUUUUUAGUAACUUUUUGUUUACUUCGUGUUGUACAAAAUGGUUUUUUACAAAUACUUAAACUGUAUAAUUUUUUUUUUGUUUUUGCUAAGAAAGAAAAUUAUUUUUAAUGGAUUAUAGUUUCAGUUUUCUCGUUUGAUGUAAGGUUAAUUAUUUCUCAGGACUGAUGGAGGACUUGGGGCACUAAUGUAUUUGAACGUAUGUGAAUAGCCGUAAAGCUUAAGGCUUAUGUCUUGGAAGUUGCCUUAUUAAUAAUUAUUUGGUUUUAAAAGCUAUCCAGCCCUCUGUCAUGUACAAACUAAUGCAAGUUAUAUAUUCUUGACACUGCUGUGUUAAGUUUCACAACUAGCUUUGCACCAACUUCUUUAACUAGCAUUUCUCACUGUGUGGGAAGUUUUAAACGACUGUGGUUUCAGUUGGUGUACUCACGUAGCCCUAAUGGUUGUAUAUUAAGUCAACUGACAUUUGUCGUAACGGACACAUUAUUUUGUUGCCUUUAAUUUGGUUAACGGACGCCCAACAUGCGCGUGGCAAAAAUAAUGACAGCCAACUCACCUCUUCCUCUGGCCUGUGUGUUCCGUUAUGACUAGGGAAUCUGUGAAUGUCCUUAAGAGGCCACUCCAGUGUUUCAGGGGCACUACGCAACCCGCGUUAAACUCAUAAGAUUCAAUGCUAUUUUCAUUUUGCUUAUAACUAAUUAACUAAUAUAGAUUUCAAAAUGAUGCUUGCUUGAUAUGUAAGCCAACGAUGCUCUUAUCAAAGCCCCUUUCUUCAAAAACGUGCAUAAAUUAUGGUUCAAACCUAGACAAUACCCUUAUUCAUAUUAGUGAAGAUUAGUAUAAAACCAUAAUUUAUGCACGUUUUUGAAGAAAGGGGCUUUGAUAAGAGCAUCGUUGGCUUACAUAUCAAGCAAGCAUCAUUUUGAAAUCUAUAUUAGUUAAUUAGUUAUAAGCAAAAUGAAAAUAGCAUUGAAUCUUAUGAGUUUAACGCGGGUUGCGUAGUUCCCCUGAAACACUGGAGUGGCCUCUUAACCGACUUGCCGAAUGGUGACGUACUCGAACCUUUUGAUUGCAAAUAGUUUUUGUAGCCGGCCAUUAGUUCUUCGUGUUACAGGCACUGUGCAUUCGCUGAGUGUACCCGAAAUGAAUACUGGUCAAGUUCUUAUAGUCCGUUGCGUUCAGUGAAAUCUGUUAUAAACAUUUUAAAUUCUACAUAGCUGUGUGGUUAAAAAAAAAUAAUUAUAAAUCAGCUUCAAGUUACAGGAAAAAGAAAGGUUUUAUUGUGAGUUUUCCCCCCCCUCCAUUGUCUCUUUGCCAUUCCAUCAGAGGGUUGUGACGAGAAACAGCCACUUGUCACGUGCGCUCUCCCACGUUGUCUUUCUUUUUCUCACCCCUGCUCUUGACAAGCUCACAGGACUAAUCUGUUUGAAACAUUCGUGCUGGCUUUAUCCCAAGCUCUUAAUUUUUUUGAUUAUUUGGCUGUUGUGCGAUGCACCGCCCCGUCACGUCGCCCGGUUUGCCGAGAGCCAGCUGUAAAGUUUUUACAUCACGUUUUCACGAGUUUUGAAAUGUUUAGGAACGUAACCUGGAAUAUUAACAUUGUUCGUUAUGGGGAAACUUGAAUUAAUUAAACGGGAGUGUUCACCGAAAUCCGACCCGUCCGUUAAUCAAGUACUUUCUGUAUUUUUAGAACUCUAUUCUAAGGUAAUGCAUGAUCAUGCUCUAAACUGACUGAAGAUCAAGGAAAUAAAAAAAGAGUAGAGGAACGCAGUAAGAUAAUGUUCUGUUUAUCCAAAAAUAUAACCUCGAAGGCAACAUAAUUACAAACAUGUUUAAAGCUUUAUACUUAAGAAAUGCUCAUUGGGUGCUUACUAGGAAAAGUUUGUAGGUUUAUUUUUUUUUAAUCUGGCUUUUAUCAUAUUCAGUCAUAUUUGGGGUAAAGAAAUGUAUUUAUGUAUCAAGAAGAAUUCUAAGGGCCUGUAUUACCACCUCCGGAUAAAGCUCUGAAUAAAAUUUAUUCCUUGAAUAGCGUCCACGAACGUAUUACGACCUUUAAAUAGUGAUAUUCGGGUGCCUAUUCGCUGAAUGAACUAUUCGGUGGUCGGACGAGCCAAUAAGCCCUUAUUCAGCGAAUAAGCACUUCGAAGGCAUCGGGCCGAUCAGCUGUGCUACUGAAAUCAAAUACGGCUGGAAGGAGACAGAUGAUUGUUCAUAGUGAUUCUGAUGAUGAGUUUUUGGAGAUUUUGCUUGCUAGAACAAGAAUGGCGAAAACAAUUAGAUACCGUCCAGAUAACUAUGAAGAGUGGAGCGACGAUGAAUUUGUUAUGCCCUUCAGAAUCUCCAGACAUUCAGCACUUCGGUUGCUUGAAGAAAUUAAUGGCAAUAUUGUGUUUAAUACCAAUAGGUAAACUAUGCAUUAGUUUAUUUACCUUUAAUUUUCUUUGUCAUAAAAUUUACAGAUCAAACCUAACCAAAAUUUUCCUUAUUGUUUAGCGUGUUCAAUGAUUUUUUUUUUUGUUGUGGGUGCAGGGGGGGGGGGGGGAGUGUUUAUUUUUUGGCCAUUUGUUAAGGCCGUGUCGCAAUUCAAGAGUGUAUGCACUCUCACUGGCCACGCCCCCUCUCAGGAUUGUAUACUCUCAGUUGGGACUGGAGAAAAUACCCUCUGUGACGUCAAGAGUGGGCGAGAGAGUACUCUUUGGGCGACUUGUGACACGGCCUCAUACUUCAUUCGAAAACAAUCCUUUAGGGUUAAAAUAUUGCCCUAAUCCGAACUGCAAAUCUGUGAUGCAAAACAAAUUUAGGACAAGGAUUGUUUGUCUAUUUGAAACUGUAAUGUAAAUGUAAAAAAAGGUUACUUAAAAAUACGUUAAGCAAUGUUUUAUGUUGCCUGGCAGGUUAAGAAAAAAUACGUGAUUUGGAACAAAAAAAUAAAAUAUUUUCAUUUUUGCAUGUGUUGUAUUUAAAGUACUACCCUAUUUUCUUUUAUUGGAACUGUGCUCUGACAGCAAGGAAUCAGCUUUUACUAGCUUUGCGAUAUGCAAUAUGUAUAGAAUAAUAUAGUGAAGAUAAUAGCAGAAAAGUAGAGAAACCAAAAGAUCGUCGGAAUAACCAAAACUGGCAACACUACAACAUUAUUUUUCACUAUCUUAGCAGGGCUUUUAAUACCAACACUUAAAAAAAUACACUAGAGGUGUCGAAAUCAUCAGAUAAAUUGCGAAUAGCUAUUUGGUCACUAUUCGGGGAUUGUAAUACACGAGGACAAAGAUAUUCAGCGAAUAGCUUAUUCAGUGUAUAGCUAUUCACGGCUUUUAUCCAGAGUUGGUAAUACAGGCCCUAAAAGUUUUGAGCAUAUUCCUUUUCAAAUAUGCUUUGAACUGUCUUUUUCUGGUGACAGAAACUGUUCUCUAUGCAUUCGCUAUUACAAGACUAGACUUCUCAAUUUGUUUUUUUUUUAAUACCUUAUAAUUAAAAGAUUUAACACAUACACAGAAUUCAUAGAAGCAUUUUAAAGUAGAAAAAAAGAAAAUCAUAGUAUAAAAACAAUCUUAAGUUUUUAUUAACUAAUUAUUUGGGGCACAGAGAAAAUAAAUAAUUAAAUUUCAUCAAGCACCGAUAAAGUAUUUUCUACUACUUGGCAGAACUCUUACUUAGAGCACACUAAAUACUUCCCUCUUGAUUCGGCCAAUUGGUUUAAAAUCAGUGUUGUUAACAGUACUCGGAAAAAGUAAUUGGGCUCAAUUACAAUUACUGUGCUGAUAAUGUAACUAAUUACAAGUAAAAAUUUCUUUACAUAGAAGUAAUCAGUAAAAUUACAAUUACAAUUACUUUCCGCUACCAUUUUAAA